AGCUACUUUUCAAUCUCCAAAAUUCAAAGGUCUAUUUUUGUUUUUGAAAUUCAUUUUGUCCCAUUUUUUUGCAACGUUGUCUACCUGUAGUGCGUCAUCGUCAUCACAAAAUCCGACCUUUCUUGUCGUCGAUUCAUAUUUGCGGAUUGUGAGUCAUCUUUCGUAAUAAAAUUCGUCGGUUGUGAAGCGUCAAAAGUUGUCAGAAGUUACCGGAUUCCAAAAUCUAGUGCAGAUUGCAGCAAUUUUUAUUUUUCAAAGUAUAUUUUGAAAAUCGUAUGUCCAUCCAGAAUCUCAACACAUUUGACCCCUUUGCUGAUGCAAGUAAGGGUGCGGACGAUGAUGUUCAAGACGGACUCGUUCAUAUAAGAAUACAACAACGUAAUGGUCGUAAGACUCUAACCACUGUACAAGGACUCUCAUCUGAAUAUGACCUGAAGAAAAUUGUUCGAGCAUGUAAAAAGGAGUUUGCCUGCAAUGGUACUGUGAUAGAGCACCCAGAAUACGGAGAAGUUCUUCAACUACAAGGUGAUCAACGAGAAAACAUCUGUCAGUGGCUUACGAAAGUAGGACUGGCCAAACCAGAUCAACUGAAGGUGCACGGUUUCUAAUGCGCCUCGAAGUUGUUUUUUUUUAACUAUGUAAAUGUCGCACUUUUAUUUAAAUCACGGAAUUUUCAACAGCAUGUGCCCAAUCGAAGUUGCUGCUACGUAGCAAUUUUGUACAAUAAUUUUAUAUAAUUGUGCCUUUCCAUAAAUACAUUAGUUCACAAUGUUUGUGUUUUUCUUUUCAUGUUGACUGUGUUUAGUUUAUAAUGAAAUCCGAUAAAUAAUAAAUGUCUGGUCUAGUG